UUCGGAGAGACGUAGGAUGCAAAUUCGGGCGUAUGCAAAUACAAGGGGAAAGGGUUGGCCCGUGGAACGUCGCCGGGAGCGCGCGCGCGGGGAACCGGGAAGAAGGCGGUGUGUUUACAGCUGGAGUCCCUAAGCAGCCGGCGGGACCCUGCAGGGCUCUCAGCUCGGUCUUUCCAAGGGACGGCACUCAGCCCUUUCCACGUGCCCUGGAUGGGACGGAAGCGAAAAGCCCCCGAGGCCCAGAAUGGGGAGCCCAGCUCCACGGGGGCCGAGCUGGAAUUGCGCUGGGAGUGGGAGAGCAGUGAGGGUUGGCAGCAAUUCCUGCCUGAGCAGAGUGAGGCCCUGAGCCAGGCGGCCAGGGCAGGAAAGCUCACUGCCAGCAUUGGGGAGUCCUCUGUUGACCUGCGCGAGAUGGUGCAGCGGGAUAAACAGACGGGGCAAGAAACGCAUGUGGCUGCUGCUGUCCAGGAUCGAGACUCCUAUUUCAUCUGGCUGUGGGAAGGCGAUCAAAAAGGCGACUGGCUUCCGUACCCCGCGGACACCUGCCUGGCCUUGCAGGCAGCAAGGAAUGGUAAUAGAGAGCCCACGGUUGAAGUAACGGUCGGCCGGACACGUUACAAGUUGGAUACGACUCGCAUGGUGCAGAUCAACAGCCGGACCGGAUUUGAACGGCUGAUGGAAUGCAGGGAGUCAGAUGCUGCGGCGACGGAGGAUGGAGGAUCCCAGCUCAGCAGCAGCUCCUCUGCUGCCGAAGGCCCCGUGGCAGCAAAGAAGGCCCGGAACAGAGCGGGCACCCCAGCAUCGCAGGGAGGAGGGGAUGGCGCAGAGGCUGUGAAGACGUUGAUCGUGAAGGGGAAAGCUCCUGUGGAUCCAGAAUGCACAGCCAAGCUGGGGAAAGCUCACAUUUAUUGCGACGGAGAAGACGUUUAUGAUGUGAUGUUAAACCAGACAAACCUCCAGUUCAACAACAACAAAUACUACAUCAUCCAGUUGUUGGAGGAGGAUGACGCCAGGAGCUACAGCGUCUGGAUGCGCUGGGGGCGGGUGGGCAAGGCAGGUCAGCACUCACUUGUGAACUGUGCCGGAGACUUAGCUAAAGCCAAAGACCUCUUCACCAAAAAGUUCAUGGAUAAAACCAAGAAUGAGUGGGCCAAGCGCAGCAGCUUCCAGAAGGUUCUGGGCAAAUAUGACCUCCUCCACAUGGACUACGAAGCCAACGAAGAUGGUGAAGAAGCAGCCGCUUCACAGAGGACAGCCUCCUGUCCUGAGCCAGUGUCACAGCUGGACUUGCGGGUGCAGGGCCUGGUGGAGCUGAUCUGCAACAUCCGCACCAUGGAGGAGAUGGUGAUGGAGAUGAAGUAUGACACCAAGAAAGCACCUCUAGGAAAGUUAACGGCGGAACAGAUCCGGGCCGGAUACCAGUCGCUGCAAAAGGUGGAGGCAUGUCUGAAGAAAAAGCAGACUGGCCGUGCCUUGCUAGAGGCCUGCAAUGAAUUCUACACUCGGAUACCCCACGAUUUUGGGCUGAGAACUCCCCCACUGAUAAACACACUACAGGAGUUACAAGAGAAGACCCAGCUGCUGGAGGCUCUUGGCGAGAUCCGUAUUGCCAUCAAGCUGGUGCGGUCAGAGCAGCCGCACCUGGAGAACCCACUAGACCGGAGCUACCGUGGCCUGGGCUGUGAGCUUCAGCCCUUGGAGAGGGACAACCCCGACUUCCAGAUAUUGGAACGCUACCUGUUGUCCACACAUGCCCCCACCCACAAGGACUACACGAUGACCCUGAUGGAGGCCUUUGUGCUCAACAAGGAGAACUCCGGGCCCGACUUGGCCUUCCGCUCUGACCUCCCCAAUCGGAUGCUGUUGUGGCAUGGAUCCCGCCUAGGCAACUGGGCAGGGAUCCUGAGCCAGGGGCUGCGGGUGGCACCGCCAGAGGCGCCUGUUACUGGCUACAUGUUUGGGAAAGGGAUCUAUUUUGCCGACAUGUCUUCCAAGAGCGCCAAUUACUGCUUCACCACCCGCGAGAAAGACAUCGGCCUGCUCUUGCUUUCAGAGGUGGCUCUGGGCGAAAGCAACGAGCUGCUGCAGGCAAACCCCGAGGCGGAGAAACUGCUGGCCAGCAAACAUAGCACCAAAGGGCUCGGGAAGCUGGCUCCAUCCCCGGCCAACAGAGCCACAUUGCACGGGGCUAUAGUUCCCAUGGGUCCAGCUGUGGAAACUGGGGUAGUGAACCCCCAGGGCUACACCCUGAACUACAACGAGUUCAUUGUCUACGACCCACGGCAGGUGCGCAUGAAGUACCUCCUCAAGGUGCACUUCAAUUUUACUCAGCUCUGGUAAGAGGCAACAGACAAUUUCCUGACGGACAUCAACUCCAAGCAGGGUUUCCUCUACCCACUCCAAUGCUUCAAGUGCCUUCAACUUGAGACUAUUAAGGACCCAACCCCUGGCAGACAGAGUCCAAGACUGCAACUCGUUUCUCUAACAGACUUGCCAAUAUGGAGACAGAAUUGAACUGAACCCAAAUGCAACUCAGAAAGUCCUUGCUACUUCCAUCAAAUGUGAUCUAUGCUACUGGCCUCUUAAGUGAAUGGCAGAUAAACCGGUUUCAUCCUGCACAGGUAGUGGCUGAGCAGGGAGCCUAAUGAAAGCUAAUUGCCGGUUAAAGCUUUCCCUUGUACAUGUUUUCUCCUGUUUAUGUAAGGUAUAAUUAUUCUGUUGGAAACAAAGCAAAUGAACCACUCCACUUGAUUUCCCAAAAGCUAAUUUAACAUUGACUGACAAGGUGAAUUAUAUUGAAUUUGCUGCUUGACAGUUAGCUACAGAA